AUGAUUUUAUGGUUUGAAUUCUUCUUUUUCUUUUUCUUUUGUGGCUUCCUCUAUUCAACUCUUUUUUCUGAAUAUGCUUCUUCCUCACUUACCUUCGUACCAAUUUCUCCUUUUCCUCCAACUUUUCGCUAUUCUUUUUCUCCUCCUAUAAAUUUUUUCUUUCCUUCUUCUUCAACAUUAUCAUUCUAUUUUUUCUUCAUAUUUUCUUUCUUUAUAUCAUAUUUGCUUUCUCUUCUCUCCUGUAUUUUUCACCUCCUCCUCCUCCUACUACAACAACACAUUGUUCACUUUUUCCUUUUAUUUGUUUUCUAUAUCUCUUUGAUCUUUUUUUUAUUCUUCACUUUCUCUGUUCUUUUUCAUUAUUAUUUAUAUUUCUUUAUUCCUCCCAUAAUUUUCUUUUCUCUAUUUUCUUUUUCCUCCUACCCAAUUCAAACUUUUUACUUCCACUAUAUCAAUUUAUCAAAUUUUCUCUUUACCUCUCUUGCGCUCAAAUGUUUUUCAUUCCAUUCUUAA